CAGACUGUGAACAUGACACCCGUAAUGCAUCUGUUGUUGCUUCCACUCCUGUUCAGCAUAGCUGGUGCAAAGGAUCUGGAGGAAAAGAAGGGCCCGUUUGAGAACACGGUGCUAAAUGUGCCAGAGGGGACUCCAGUGCCAUAUCCCAUCUAUCAGUUUCAGGUGACCCAUCCAGGUGUUAGUGAUUUCAGGCUGAGUGGAGAAGGUAGGGAAGACAUUAGGAUUUCAAACGACGGGUGGCUAUACCUGGAGAAGCCUCUGGACUGGUCUCGAGAUGAUCAUUACAUUAUCAUGGUGGAGGCACUGGCAGGUGAUGAAGUUGUGGAUGGCCCAGUUUAUGUGACCAUACAUGUGUUGGACAUCAACAACAAUGCUCCGUACUUCAACCAGAGCACCUACACAGCUGUGGUCAGAGAAAACAAUGCCGCAGGUAUCCCAUUUACCCGUGUGUUUGCGCUGGAUCAAGACGACCCACAGACUCCCAACGCUCAUCUGAGCUACAGCCUGGUCAGCCAGAUCCCCAACAAUCACCACAUCCUCCUGUUCCAGAUCGAUCCUAACACGGGAGAGAUCUCCACCACAGAAGAAGGGGAAAGGAUGCUCAAAGCCAGACAAGGAAUCCAGUAUGGCAGAGGAGAGGAUCGGAGCAUUGAUGCUCUGAGGACAAAGUUUAAUGACUACUGUCCAGUGCAGAAUAUCCCCUAUGAAGAAAACCCCUUCUUCACCUGUGUGGAGAGAGCAGAAAUAAGGAGGAGGAAUGUGGACCCCCUGGAGGACCCAGACUACACCCUAUCUGUGCGCGUGCAGGACCUGGGAGGAGCGUCGGAGACCUCGCUGAGUGGAAACGCCAUAGUGCACAUUCUCGUGCAGCAAAACCUGUGGGUCAAUCCUGGACCUAUAACUGUUAAAGAGCACUUAAAGGAAACAUACCCAUUAGUCAUUGCAAAGGUCCAGUCUAAUGAGCCCAACGCCAUCUACAAGUUAGUGCAGAAAGAGCGAGAGCUGAAAUUCCCCUUCCAGAUCACAGAAGAUGGAGAAAUACAUCUGACAGAUGAGCUGGACAGGGAAGACAAGGACAUGUACAUCCUGGUGGUGUUCGCAGUGGAUAGCGACGACAAACAGCUGGAUCCACCCAUGGAGAUUCAAGUCUUGGUGGAGGAUCUAAAUGACAAUGCACCAGUGUGUGCAAAUAUGGAGAAUGUGUUUGAAGUGCAGGAGGACGAGCCAGUAGGUAGCCUGAUUGGACAGCUGUUGGCCCAUGAUGACGAUCAAGCCGGGACACUGAACGCUCAGCUGACUUUCACCAUUGUGUCCCAAAAUCCACCCACCGCAUCCAACUCCUUCUCCAUUGACGCUGCUUCUGGAAAAAUCCAGACAUUACGCUCGCUGCAGCGAAAAGACCAGGAGGUGUUUAAUCUCAAUGUCAGAGUCAGCGACCCAGAGUUCAGCACAUUGUGUAAUGUCGUUGUCAAGAUCAUUGACGUCAACAACGAGAUGCCUCUGUUUGAGAAGAACGAUUAUGGCAAUCACACUCUGGCAGAGGACACUCCUGUUGGACACACAGUGCUGACCAUCAGCGCAACAGACGCCGAUGACCCAGACAGCGGCAGCUCAUUUAUCGAGUUCAAAAUCACUGCUGGUAAUGAUGAUGACAUUUUCGUUGUGGUAACCGACGGCAAAGGCGUUGGCCAUCUGGUCAUAGCUAAGCCUCUGGACUUUGAGGUCUCUCCCACCUUCAAGCUCCAGAUUGAUGCUCGUAACCCAGAGCCGCUGAUGAAGGAUCUGGAGUACGGCAAGGAAUCCACAGCCUUUGUUUUUGUGUCUCUCACUGACGUAGACGAGGAUCCAGAGUUUAGUCUGGACAUACUGGAUUUGACUGUGCCUGAAAACACCACCAAAGGAUCAGUGCUGCUCACUGUGGAGGCAAAGGAUCCAGAGGGCAAAGAGAUCAGUUUUAAGAUGGACGGUGACACUCGGGGCUGGCUGGAGAUCGAUGCUGCCACCGGAGAGAUUAAGACCAAAAACAAGCUGGACAGAGAAACCCUAGAGACCUUUGAAGUCACUGUCACUGCAUUUGAGAAAGAGAACCCUGAAAAGUCUUCUGAGCGCGUUGUGUCUGUGAGGCUGCUGGAUGUGAACGACAACUUCCCUAAACUGAUGGAGACCCAGGCCUUCAUCUGUGCGAAGAAACCCGAACCUAUCAUCAUCAAAGCCCAAGACACAGACAGUGCCCCCUUCUCUCAGCCCUUCACCUUCAGCUUCGGUUUUGCCCACGGCAAGAAAUCUCCCAACUGGGACCUGAAAAGUAUCGACGGUACAACAGCUAAACUGACCCUGAAGAAACAACCAACUGAAGAUAAAACCUUCACUCUCCCCAUUAACAUUAGAGACAAUGCAGGCAUGGGAAUCACACAGUCGUUUGAGGUGAGAGUGUGUAACUGCACAGAGCUGGGCUACUGCUACUUCCCACCAGAGGAACGUGCCUUCAGGUUGGGGAUGGGACCCACCAUUGGGAUCCUGGCUGGCAUUCUGGUUUUCUGCGUUAUUAUCUUCAUUAUUGUGAUCAAACGCGCAAAUAAAGGGGGCAAGAAGACGACUGAAGAACAAGAGAGGAACGCCUUGAUGUAGAGACUGCAUGCAUACACACCCACGCACACACAUAUUUGUACUUUUAUACUUCAACCGUCAACUCAUCUACAUGGCUAACCUGAACCUAAUUCUGGCCUAAACCCUAAAACCAAGACAUAUAGGCUCAUUUACAGUUUUUUUUUCUGUUGAUCAAGAAACAUUUUCCCUGCCAAUCAACUAAUAAAACAAAAUAAAUUAAUAAAUAAAUCCUCACUAGCACAACAGCAGAAGUGAGGAUCGGUUUUUCCAACAAUGUCCUCACUCUCAAGGUCUAAAAGUUGAAUCAAUUAUCACAAAUAUCGAUGUGCACACACACACGCACACACACACAUGCACACACACAUAUUAACGUAAGAUUUAUUUUAUUUUAUUUACAAGAGAGUUGAUUAAUAAGUGCUGUGCAUACUUAAUUACUGCCAGGUGGCCCCGUGCUAAUCAUGCAUUCAUAAAGCUUGUUAACGUCUUUAUUUGAAUUUCACUCCCAGACUCAGGUUGUUUCAUUAGAAUUUUAAUCAUCUCACAUAAUUCAAUUAGGCCCAGAGCCUUUGUGUUGUAAUUCUCUUCUGCUUGAAUGUUAUGUUACAGCUAGACAUAUCUUUAAUGUUGUACAUCUUAAACCCCAGGAUGUCAUUGUGUGUAAUGAACAAAAACAACUGUGUUUAUAAUGAGCACUCACUGCUCUG